CUCUCUGUCCCUCUCUUUCAUAGUCAUUAAUCUCUCUCAAAGCCAAAAUAAUGAAAUGCUGACCUCAUGAAGAGUAGCUCGUAUCCCUGUCUCAGCUCAAACCAGAUAGCAAGCGAAGAAGGGAGGGCUUAAGGGGGAAACGACUACCGGGGAGGGGGGCGAGCGAGGGUCUAUUCUCUGUUUUCAAACAUAGAGUUGCUGUACAGAAGAUCCCAACAGCUCUGAGUCCUAGUGAGGGGUCCGCUGUCUCUGGGCGAGCUGUGUGAAUUGAGAGUACCACCGAGCAGCAAGCAUGUCUAAGAGCGAUCCCCGAGACAUUGACGAGGAUGCCAUCCUCAGGGGCCUCAGCGCCGAAGAGCUGGACAAGCUGGAGUAUGAACUACAGGAGAUGGACCCUGAGAAUGCCAUGCUUCCAGCCGGGUUCCGUCAGCGUGACCAGACCAAGAAAAGUCCCACAGGCCACUUUGAUCGCUUCGCCCUGAUGGAUUUCCUGGAGAAGCAGGCCAUGGAACACAAGGACAGAGAAGACCGGGUGCCCUUUACAGGGGAGAAGAGAGGAAAGGCCUUUGUCCCUAAACCAGGAUCAGGACAAAUCCCUGCGGAGGAACAGAUCACUCUGGAACCUGAGCUGGAGGAAGCACUGAAGAACGCAACAGAUGCUGAAAUGUGUGACAUUGCAGCCAUCCUGGGAAUGUACACACUCAUGAGCAACAAGCAGUAUUAUGAUGCCCUAAACACCACUGGCAAGAUUGCCAACACAGAAGGCAUCAACAGUGUGGUGAAACCAGAUGUGUAUAAGAUCUAUCCCGACGAGCCUCCUAAUGACACAGAUGUGGAGGACGCUCUCCGCUGCAUCCAGAAAAAUGACAAUAGGCAGACAGAGGUCAACCUCAACAACAUCCCGGACAUUCCCAUCCCAACCCUGAAAGCGAUUUUUGAGGCUAUGAAGAGUAACACACACGUGUUAAGCCUCAGCAUCGCUGGGACACGCAGUAAUGACCCCGUGGCCUAUGCUAUAGCUGAGAUGUUACAGUCCAACACUACCCUGCAGAGCCUCAACAUUGAGUCCAACUUCAUUACUGCACAAGGCAUGAUGGCCAUCAUCAAGGCACUGCGAGAAAACUCCACUCUGACUGAGAUUAAGAUCGACAACCAAAGACAGAAACUGGGCGACUCAGUUGAGAUGGAGAUUGCAACCAUGUUGGAGAACAACCCCAGCAUCAUAAAAAUUGGUUAUCACUUCAUUCAGCAGGGCCCGCGUGCAAGAGCCGCAAUGGCCAUCACCAGAAACAAUGAUAUCCUUCGUCAGCAGAGAGUAAGAUGAAAAGAGGAUGCAGUUUAGUUCAUUUAGGAGAUAUCAAAGUUCUUCAUGUGCACUCUUGGAGUCUUACAGAUGCUCCAGUAACAGCCAGGACAACAACCCCUACAGAUGAUAUGUUUUUACCAUUCGCCAUCGGCCAUUGUGGAUAUCAUUAUUGCCAGCUUGAUAAGACUUCAUUGCUUUCUGUGGAUUUCAUCAAAUCAAAAGCUCUGAUCUAAUAAAAUCGACCUGCUCCUUAAUACCUGCAAACUUGAAAAA